AUGUGUACUUUACUAUUCACUGCUCCUGACAAGGACCAUCCUAAGGCCGUCUCAGUCAUGGCUUCAAAGCUAUUAUGCAACUUUAGACUCAUACCAAAGCUGCCGAAGAUAUUCAGAUUCAGGAAGUCUUCAUCAAAGCCACAGCCUCAGCCCGAGAAGAAGCGUGCAUCUACACUAGAUUCGGCUUCUGAAGCGACGGAUACAUCGGCAGCAAAUCCUCCUUUGACGACGAAGAUCUUCGAGCCGGCCGCUCCUAUACCGGAAACACCAAAUCUGUUGAAGGUGUCACUCUGGGACCGCGCGUACGACAACCUCAGAGAGAAAGAUAAGACACUAGUUGAAGACUAUGAACGGAUUCUAUCUAGAGAGCUGCCAAAAGACAUCAGUCCAAAGAAUGAAUAUGGCAAUUACGAUGAAAGCCUUACCCAAGCCGAGAAUCGGAUUAAGAAUGACGACCAUAAAACUCGGUUGACGCAGUUGGAAACAAUCACCAGCAACGGAUUGCAUAAGUUGGACAAGAAAAAGGCUAGAUAUUAUCUUUUUGGCUGCGAGUUUGUAGUCCGCGACCAGUUUACGCAAGCUACUCGGUUCAUCCAAACCAUCAAAGAGGUCAUUGAUGAUGCCGUUAAGACAUCGCCUGAAGCCGCCCUAGCAUGGGCUGGCGUAUGUGUUAUCCUUCCUGUACUCAUGAACCCCAGCGUGGCAGAAGAGGCGACCCGUGACGGCUAUCUAUAUGUUACCUCUCGCAUACGUUUCUACGUUAAGCUGGAGAAACUACUGUCAGUGGGCAGUAAACUACAGGAUUCUGGCCUGGAUAUCGAGCUUGAGGAGCGUCUCAUGACACUCUACCAGCUAAUCAUUGAAUUCCAGAUCAAAAUCGUUCGACGCAUCUAUCUAACGCGACUAAAGAGGCUUCAAGAGGACGCAGUUCGGCAUGAAAAUUGGAAGGGAAUGAUAGCCAAGAUACAAGAGUCGGAAAAGAUUUUUAAUGACGACUUCACGCUGGUUAAAGAUAUACCGAUGAAAACAACCCUGGAGGAGCUGAACUGCAAUACAAAAGAGCUAUUUAUGCGUAUUGAUGCCAUGAUGGGUUCUUUGCUAAAUGCGACUAGUCACAGUGCGCCUGCGCUCACUUUCGAAAAUGAAGGUUCAGGCAAUCAGUUUAAUGCGACUGGCGGGACUCAGAACAAUGCCACAGGUAGUGGUAUGCAGUUUUCUGAUGUAACAUUCAGUGGUUCUGUUACGUUUUAA